AUGUGCCUCCUGGCUCCCUCGUUGCCACACUUUUCAGGCAGAGUCGGGGUCUGCCAUUGCCGCUCCGAUACCGGUAAAUCGUGGAAGGCGCUGUCGCUGGCGGAGAAGCGUCCGUUCGUGGAGGAGGCGGAGCGGCUGCGGGUGCAGCACAUGCAGGACCACCCCAACUACAAGUACCGGCCGCGGCGGCGGAAGCAGGUGAAGCGGCUGAAGCGGGUGGAGAGCGGCUUCCUGCAGCACGGCCUGGCGGAGGCGGCGGCGGGGCCCGGGCUGGCCAGCGAGGUGGCCGCCGCUGGCGGCGGAGGCGGCGGCAGGAUGUGCGUGGAGGGUCUGGGACUGGCGUACGGCGAGCAGGGCUACGCGGCGGCGGGCGCGGGCCACUACCGGGACUGUCCGCCGCUGGGCGCGGCGUUCGACGGCUACAGCCUGCCGACUCCGGACCCGUCGCCGCUGGACGCGGCGGAGAGCGAGGCGCCCUUCUUCGCGGCGGGGCUGCAGGAGGAGUGCGCGCUGGUGCCCUACGGCUACGGCCCGCACCCGGCGGCGGCCGAGUACCCGGUGGCGGCGGCGUCCGAGAGCCCGUCGGGCGCGGGGCUGCGGCGGCACCUGGCGCCCGGGGAGGCGCUGGGCGCGGGCGGGUCGCUGCAGGGGCUGCUGGGCUGCCCGGCGCCGCUGCACGCGUACUACGGGCAGGCGUGCCAGCCGCCGGGCCCGGGGCGCGGCCCGCUGCCGCCGCCGCUGCCGCCGGGGGCCGUGGGGCAGCCGUCGCCGCCGCCCGAGACGGGACCGUGCCGGGAGCAGCUGGAGCAGCUGCCGCCGGAGGAGCUGCUGGGCGAGGUGGACCGCACGGAGUUCGAACAGUACCUGCGCUUCGCCUGCAAGCCCGAGCUGGGGCUGCCCUACGGCGGYCACGACGCCGCYGCCGCCGCCGCGCUGUCGUCGGCCGAGGGCGCGGGUCCCAUCUCGUCGGCCGUGUCAGACGCCAGCAGCGCCGUCUACUACUGUGGCUACCCCGACUUGUGAGGGGCUCGCUGGGGCACGGCACGGACAGUGACACCGAGGCACCCGGCCCCGCUCCUAUUUAUGUAAUUUAUUUGAAUCUUCUCGGGACAGUUGCACAAACUUUGGGCGAAUGUAUGCCACUAUGCUGACCGUCCUGCAGUCUUCAAGAGUCAUUCAAACUCUUUUGGCUGGUGUGACCGACAUUUYCAUCGUUGUUUUUCUUAAGUUCAUGCUCGAAAUUAUUGUUCGUUUUGCAACAUCAGC